GAUUUCGUUUUCGGUUUUUUUAUCGCCUAAACCCUUAAUUUUAGGCGCGAGUGUUUCGCGGUCUUAGGAAUUUUGGGUCUAAAAUUGACCGAAAAUUGUUUUCUCAAAACCGCUCAUCCUCCACCCAUUCUCGACUGCCGUCUGCAACCGCCUCCGCCUCUUCUAUGCCCUCUCCUCCGUUCAAUCAGUUAGUAGUCGGCCUCCGCAUCCUCUCUGUCUUCUUAUAUGGGAAAAGCCCUUUUGUCUUUCCUUAGAUAUAAGCAAACAGUGGACCUUCGACUCCCUCUCCUCUCGUCCGAAGCACAAAUUUUGGCUAGCUGCAACAUGGAUCUAGGACUGACAUAUGCCCUUCUGUGUGAAGGAGCACUCCAUUGUUGUUGCUACGCUCGAAAAAGAGAAGAAUAUCUUUGUUAAAAUGGUAAUGGGCCGAUCAUAAUCUGUCUGCUCUGUAUUAUCAUUGCAUUAAAUCGCAAGAUGACGACGAUGACGAUCAUGAGUAAAAUUAGCAUUUGAAGGUGGCAGACUUCCCUUGGCCAUUUUUUGCUCUGGUGCUUCUUAUGUGAAUUUAUGUCCUAAGGUGGCUUUAUUUUGGGCUCCCUUCUAUGAUAUUAAGAUGUCCACGAUUUCUUCGAAGAGUCGUGGGAAGCGUUCUAUCAAUAAGUCAUCAGUGCCUCCUCUUCCAGGUCAGACAUCAUCAGCACCUCCAGUACCAGUCCAAACAUCAUCAGUGCGUACUUCAGUGAUCCAGACAUCAUCAGUGGCUCCUUUACCAGUCCACACACCUUCAGUGCCUACUCCAGUGAGUGAUCCAUCUCAUGUUGAGCGUAGGAGCUCAGUCCGACGUCAUAUUAGAGGGCCACACAUUCAUACAGAUGAUGUCGUCAUUCCUACUGGUGCGACACGUGCUUCAGAUGGUGUUGGUGGUACUGCCUACUUUCUUGCAAAGGGAAAUGAUCGUAAGAGAGGACGUGGGGCUUGCAACUCUGCAAAGGUCUCAGGCAUAGUGCGGACCAGCAGGAAAAAGAUCCGAGUGGAGCUUGAUGUCCAUCAUGGGCGGCCUAUAGGACAAAAUGUGUCCUCCUUAUUUUCACAUCAGAUUGGGGCCAUAAUUAGGACUUCACUCCCCACGGAUCACUUCGAUCCACGUGUUUCGGAAUAUGUGGGCAAGUUGUUCUCGAAGAUCUUUCGUGAGUUCAAGUACGAAUUGCACACUUAUUUCAAGGAUUUUGAUACGAAAGAGGAGGCCAAGCAGAACCCUCCGUUAGAGUGGUACAACAGGUCUAUUGAGCAAUGGGGUACUCUAUGUGAUCAUUUUUCUGACCCCGCUUUUGUGAAUCAAUGCAAUGCUAACAAAGAAAAUCGAAGUAAAAAGAAAUAUGAACAUCACGGUGGAUCCAAACCUUUCUCUUUGAGAUAUGAGAAACCUGUUGAGGAAGGUUCACAAUUUCCAGAGAUCGAUACAUUUAGUGAGGCCUAUACAAAUAAGGCCGGGGAGUGGACAAGUGAUGUAGCGAAGACUCAUUAUGGAGAGAUGAUAGUAAAGAAGAAUGCUCUGUUAGAGCAGUUGGCUACACAGUAUCCUGAUGGCACACCAGCUGAGAGUAUCACUGUACCUACGGAGGCCGGACGAGAGAUUAUGAUGGAGACACUGGGUGUUAGGCCUGGUAGGGAGGUUCGUGGCCUGGGAUUUGGGAGGUAUAGAGACCUUGGUACAUCAUCUACUCAAAGGUCUACAUCAUCUUCUCGCUUACGUGAGUUGGAGCAGCAGUUAGCUGCUGAGAAGGAGGCUAGAUUGGAGGAUCGUCGAUCACAUAAAGCUGAGAUGCAGAGUAUCAUGAACUUCAUGCGUGGUAUCGCUGUUAAGAUUCCAGGUGUGAGAAUUCCACCCGGGUUUAAUGCAGCAUGUGAGGAUGAUGGCACAACUUCCUUAGAUUAGAUGCAUUUUCAUUCUAUGUUUUACUAGAUUCCUAUAUAUAUAUGUCAACAAAUUGGUACUUAGAAGAUAUUCACAUUUUGCUAUGUAUAUAUUGUUACUGUUUUGAUUCGGCAAGCAAAGUCUGAAACUUAUUCCAUAUUCGUACUGUUUUGAAUGGGCAAGGAAAGUCUGAAACUUCUUUUGA